AUGAGCAAGUGUACCCCUGAGCAACAAGUUACAUACAUCUCAGGGUUGUUUCUUGAUGGUGCUCUAUCGUGGUGGAAUCUGCAAGUGCAAACAUUGGGAGAAGCGGCGGCAUAUGCGUUAACAUGGAAUGAGCUGAAGGAGCUCAUGAGGAAGAAGUAUUGUUCGCGAGCUGAGAUACAAAAGCUAGAAAUGGAAUUCUGGAACCUAAAGAUGGAAGGCCCAAAAAUCGCUGAGUAUGUUCAAAGAUUCUAUGAUCUUUCCCAUGUGGUGUCGUACAUGGUCACACCCGAAUUUAAACGCAUUGAAUGCUUCAUCUUGGGGUUGGCACCCCAGAUCAUGAGCAUGGUAACCACGUCCAAGCCUUCAACGAUUACUGAAGCCAUUGAUCUUAGUGUGGCACUUACCGAGGAAGCCAUCCGAUUGAACAAGUUUUUAGUUUCUGAACCAAAGAAGAAGAAGACACACGUCGAAUCAUCAGGGGAUAACAAGAGGAAAUUCUCCAACUUUAAGAAAAGUACCGACAGUGCCAGCAAGAAGAGGGAUACAAACCCACCAGCUGAAGUAAAGACUGGCGGUGAACAAAAAGGGAAAGGAUAUAUGGGCGCUCUGCCCAAAUGUGAUACAUGCCAGUAUCACCAUCUUGGCCAGUGCAGAUUGAGGAGAUGUGAGGCUUGUGGGAAGGAGGGUCAUUCGAAGAAUACAUGCUGGGUUGGUACUGGUUCUGGCCAUGGUGGCCAAAGGGGUUUUGGUGACAACAACCGUGGGGGUAAUGGAAAUGGAAACCGCCCACAAGGAGGGAACGGCAGAAAUGGCAAUCGGGGAAAUUUUGGGAACCAAGCUGGAGGUGGGAAUCGCAACCAAGGCAAUGCGCAAGGUGGAAAUGGGAAUGGUCGAGGACCAAGUUGUUUCAACUGUGGAGACAUGGGGCACUUUAAAAGGGAAUGCCCAAAACUGAAUCAAGCGCAAUGCAGAGUCUUCAACAUUGGAGCGAGGGAAGCACGCCAGAAACCGAAUGUUGUCACUGAUUUUUCAGCAUCAGCAUCUGAUCCACCAGAAUCUGAUGGUGUUUGA